AAGAAGCAGGCGCAAUAAACUUGAAAAUAAUUUGAUUCCCCCGUUUAUUGAGAUAAACAAAGCCUCCCCCAAUAGGAAAAAUAUAUGUAUGUAAGUGAAAGUGUAAAAGUUUGUUAAUGAAAUCGUCAGCAAUAAUUUAAUGUCGAUGUUUAAAGCACGCGUUAAGGAGUUUGAGGAAGCGCUAGACGAGGACGAAAUUGAUAUUGAUUCACUUCGUAAGCUUUGUUUUCAUGGCAUCCCAGACGUAGGUAGCUUCAGAGCAAUAUGUUGGAAAUUCCUUCUUGGUUACCUUGGAUCCCAGCCGGCUACUUGGACGGAAACUCUUAGCAAGAAACGCACAUUGUAUCGACAAUUCAUAGAAGAACUAGUUCUCCCGCCGGGAUUAAAUUGUGAUUCUAACGACAAUGAAAAUAAUUCUGGGCUUAGUGAUCAUCCAUUAAGUGAAGGGCCAGAAAGUGCUUGGAAUACAUUCUUCCAAGACAAUGAAUUCUUGCUACAAAUUGACAAAGAUGUUCGGCGCUUGUGUCCAGACAUAUCAUUCUUUCAACAGGCAACUGAAUAUCCUUGCGACAUAGUGGUACACAGCAAAGGAGAAAGAAGACUGCACCAACGGGUAGUGCCCACUGUGUUGAGCUCAGCAAAUGUAGAACGCAAAGGGUUAGGAAUGACAAAGCAGAUAAAUCUCAUAACGAAGCGUUCCAAUGAAAACUACGCGGCAAUGGAAGAAGGACAAGAAGCACACUGGGAAGUAGUGCAACGCAUACUCUUCCUUUAUGCUAAGUUAAACCCCGGGCAAGGAUAUGUUCAAGGCAUGAAUGAGAUUGUAGGUCCAAUAUAUUAUAUUAUGGCCUCUGAUCCCGAUCUGGAAUACAGAAAACACGCGGAGGCUGACUGCUUUUUCUGCUUCACCGCAUUAAUGAGCGAAAUUCGUGACUUUUUCAUUAAAACACUCGAUGAUUCGGAAGGUGGUAUUAAAUUUAUGAUGGCGAAAUUGGCUAAGAUGUUGAAAGAUAAAGAUCCUGAAGUGUAUUUUAAAUUAAAAGAGCAAGAACUACAUCCGCAAUACUACAGUUUUAGGUGGAUAACUCUACUGCUAUCACAAGAGUUCCCACUUCCAGACGUGGUUCGCAUAUGGGAUUCUGUUUUUGCAGAUGAGCACCGAUUCGAAUUUUUGAUAAGAAUAUGCUGUGCAAUGAUUUUAAUUCAAAGAGAAGUAAUUCUCCAGAACGACUUUGCAUCAAACGUUAAACUGCUACAAAACUAUCCACCUAUUGAUAUUAAUGUAGUCCUGUCGCAUGCGGUUUCGUUGCAAGGAUAGCCGUUUCCAUUAAUUCUUCAAAUAAGAAUGUACACCCCAGCCAAUUUUUAUACUCUCUUAUAAAGAUCAAUAUUUAGAGUUAAUACAAAAAUUAAUUUUUUUAUCCUCUAAGUAUUAAUUAAAAUUUUUUUUACGCAAGUAAACAAAAGUAUUGUCUUUUGUAUGUAUCUGCAAACAUAU